AUGUCUGCCAUUUUCAAUUUCCAAUCGCUACUUCUUGCUGUAUUGCUAUUGAUUUGCACUUGCACUUACAUUCGCGCUCAAGCUCCCUCUUUGCUCGAUCGUAACAAGACUGGACCUCUCGGCUUGUUCUGGAAAGCAGCACGUAUAGGAGAACGUCUAAGCCCUUACGUAUCACUCGCGUGUAUCAUUAUGGGCGUCAGUGUUCUUGUCUCGUAA